UGCACCCAGCCAGCCAUGGAGGACACCACGCCGCCGCCGCCGCCGCCGCAGCAGCAGCAGACUGAGCUCGCCGGGGAUAAGCGCAAGAGGGAGGAGGAAUCUCCGGAGACCACCACCGGAGACGCGGCAGCAACCUCCCCCGCCGCCUCCACCGUCGAGGCCGCCGCCGCCCCCGCCGGGGAUAAGCGCAGGAGGGAGGACUCCCCAAAGAAACCUACCGGAGAUGAAGCCUCCCCCGCUGCCUCCACUGCCGAGGAGGCCCCCGCCGCCGGCGACAGGCAGCUGCACCCGAUGUCGAAGACGAGCCUCUGCUCCUUCUUCCGCCGCCGCGGCGCCGGCCCGGACGGGUGCAGCCACGGGGAGGGCUGCCGGUACGCGCACACGGAGGAGGAGCUCCGGCCCCGGCCCGACGGCUCCUGGGACCCCACCUCCGACCGCGCCAAGAAGCUCCUGAAGGUCUCCGCCGAGGAGCCUUACGAGGAGGAGGUGACCAUUGACGAGACGUCGCUCGACAAGUGCCUCCUCGGGCUCUCCAGGCACUGGGUCACCGACAAGCUCAAGUCUUUCCUCGAGGAGCAGGGAAUCUCAUAUGCAGCAGCAAAGAAGAAGAAAGGAAUGACUGUUGGCUUUGUGACAUUUGAAAAUAUUGAACAACUGACAAAUGCUGUGGAGGUCCUUAAGGAGAAUCGAUCUGGUGGAAAGGAAAUGAAGAUAGUAGAUGCCAAUCGUAGGUCACAUCAGAAGCUACGCACAGAAGGACCGGCAUCUGGAAAUGGGGCAGCAGCAGAAAACGGUGUUGCUGCUGACGGAACAUCUGCGCCUGAAGCAGCUGUAGUAGCGAGUAUAAGAACUGUGCGCGACGCAGUUACCCCACUUGCCCAUAUGACUUACAAGGAUCAGCUGGAGCACAAAAAAAAUUCAGUUGCACAGUUACUGAAGAAACUUACUCGCAAUGCUAAGAAAGCUUGCCCAUAUGGUGUUUCUCUUCCAGAAUGGAUUUCUGAAGCAAAGCAAAUUGGUGGUCUUUCUUGCAAGCUUGAAGGCAUUCUGGAGUCCCCAGUGAUUGAUGGUUAUCGUAACAAAUGUGAGUUCUCUGUGGGACAUUCCUUGGCGGGUAAAAAGACUGUAGGGUUUAUGCUUGGGAAUUUCAGGGAAGGUGUGACUGCUGUUGAGGAACCUGUGGACUGCCCAAAUGUUUCAGGAAUUUCCUCUAAAUAUGCUUUCAUGUUUCAAGAUUUUCUGCAGUCGUCAACCUUACCUGUGUGGAACAGAGUUGAUAAUUCUGGAUUUUGGCGCCAAUUCACGGUUCGAGAGGGAAGAAGUCCAGCUCAAGCUGUUGUUGCACAAGAUGCAGAAAUACAAAUAUCUGAAGUCAUGAUUAUUGUUCAGGUGUGCUCCACAGGUAUUGAUGAGCUACUGAUGAAAGAUGAGUUUGCCAAGUUGUCCAUGACGCUGAUACAAGGGGCUGCAACAUGCUCACCUCCAUUGCCUCUUACAACUAUAGUAGUCCAAGAUCACACAGGAAUAUCAAAUGUAGCAGCAGCUGACUGUCCACUGAUCCCACUAUUGGUGCGAAAAGUAGGCCAAUCAGAAGAGGGGGCAGUGGAUCAAACAAGAAUUCACGAUCACAUCAGCAAUCUUCGGUUCUCAUUAUCACCAACAGCAUUUUUCCAGGUCAAUACUCUUGCUGCAGAAAGAUUGUACACCCUUGCUGGUGACUGGGCCAAUCUCAAUUCAGACACAUUACUUUUUGACGUAUGCUGUGGGACUGGGACAAUUGGCCUGACAUUAGCACACCGUGUUGGAAUGGUUGUUGGAAUUGAAAUGAAUGAAGCAGCAGUUCUGGAUGCUGAGAGAAAUGCUCUUAUCAAUGGUAUAAAAAAUUGCCGUUUUGUCUGCGGGAAGGCCGAAAAUGUGAUGGGGUCUCUUCUCACGGAGUAUCUUGGUUCACCAGAGCAGGACCUUGUGGUUUCUGAAAGUAAUUCAGAAGUUGGUGCUACAGGAAAAAAUGAAGAUAUAGUUGAUGGUACAAAGAAUAAUGGUGAAACUAUGGACAGUUCAACGGAGAAAAAUGACAAUGGUAAAAGACAGCAGAUGGGAGACAAGUCGGACGAUCGUCCCAGUUCUAGUGAUGAGAUAAAUGGGGACUUGGGGGAUAGGGUGAGCAAACAUUUGGAAGGUGGGCAUGAUCAAUCCAAUGUGGCUAAUGGUAAUCAAAAUAGUGAGGAAGCGUCAUUGUUGAUCAGUGAGGAGUCCAUUGCCACAAAAUCAGCUGACUGCUUGGAGCACACAAAAACACUUGGGGAUGGUUCUUCGGUUUCUAACAAUGACACACUUGCUGCUACUGCAUGUCAGUUUAAGAGCUUUGUUGCUAUUGUAGACCCUCCACGUGCUGGGCUUCACCCUACUGUGCUCAAGGUGUUGAGGACUCAUCCACGCAUUCGUCGUCUAGUGUACAUUUCCUGCAAUCCAGACACGCUAGUUGCCAACGCGAUCGAGCUUUGCACCCCCACAUCAGAGAACAGGGAAAAGAACAAGGGCCACCGGGCAUGGCGAAACAUGAGCAGUGCCGGCCUCGCAAGGCAGAGGACAAAGUCAAUGCCCAGCUCGGAGCCUUUUGUUCCCAAGAGAGCCAUGGCAGUGGACUUGUUCCCCCACACCUCGCACUGCGAGAUGGUCAUGCUUUUCGAGAGGUGAACAGAGUAGUCUGUUUAUUCAUUGUAUUCUUACUCUAGAGAUUUUGACCUUUGUUGAGGAUCAUGCCGAGCUCUCUCUGGUCGUGUUGUUGUACCAAAUGAACUUGACUCGUAAGCACAACAGUUGAAUCGA